AUGCACAAUGUUGUUCCUCUGAAAGAAGAAUAUGAAGAAAAGAAGGUCGAGCUGGAGAAGACGGAGGCUGAAAUUCAGGAGAUGAUCCAGAAGAGACUACUGAAGAUUCAGGAGGUCGAACACAACGUGAAGUCUUUCCAGUGGAGGAAGAUGCAAACAGAAAGAAAGCAGAAGGUGUCUGCUGGAGGAGACUCUCAGUACAAAGAUGGAGACGCUUGGGUUGAAGUUGAGCUGAAGAGGGUCCAGAAGUUUGCAGUGGAUGUGACUCUUGAUCCUGAAACAGCUCAUCCUGGUCUCAUCCUGUCUGAUGACGGGAAACAAGUCCAUCAUAGUGAUGUGAGGAAGAAUCUCCCAAACAACCCAGAGAGAUUUAUUAAUGAUUAUUGUGUCUUAGCAAAGCAAAGUUUCUCUUCAGGAAGAUUUUACUUUGAGGUUCAAGUUAAAGGAAAGACUGACUGGGAUUUAGGAGUGACCAGAGAGUCUAUCAACAGGAAGGGAAGCUUCACAUGGGGUUUUCAUGAAAUCAUCACACUGAGACAUCAGAAGGGUUACUGGAAUAUACAGAUGAGGAAUGGAAAGGAGUAUAAAGCUCUUGAUGACCCUUCAGUUCUUCUCUCCCUGAAGUCUGGGCCUCAGAAGGUGGGGGUGUUUGUGGACUAUGAGGAGGGUCUGGUCAGCCUCUAUGACGUAGAAGCUGCAGCUCUUAUCUACUCCUAUACUGGUCGCUCCUUCAAGGAGAAACUCUUCCCAUUCAUCUAUCCUGGACAUAAUCAUGGUGGUAAAAACUCCUCCCCUCUGAUCAUCUCUCCUGUGAAUCAAACUGGCUGAUUCUUUUUUUUACGAUCAGAAAUUCCCUGAACAUCAAUGCAUUACCAACAAUACAUAUUCACAUUAAAGUAGUCUUCAUACAUCCAGUGUAUUUAUACACCAGACCAAGUUUUAAUACUACAAUACUGACACAGUGGUCAAUAUUAGGACGGCAAUCAAUUAGAGACAUAAAAACAAACCCAACAAUGACAGACUGAUCUAUUUUGAAAUAAAUAGAAGUGAUGUCCUUUUUACGUGUAGAUAUUUAGUGAUAAUAUCUUUUGUGAACUUGUUUUUAUCUGAAUAUUAUUGGUCAAUUGUCAUUUGUUUCACUCAGACAACUUCAGGGUUAAAACAUAAAAAGUAUCUUUAAGUAUGUGUCACUCUUACAAAGGGUUAUUUUUCUUUUGAAAGGCUUCUCAAAGAGACCUGAGAGCUCUGUGAUGCUUAGCGGUGCAGUAAGAACCUUAAAUUGCCUUCAGAACAUAAACUACUGGACAAAGGUUGCAGUUGUACUGAUUUAAAUUUUUUGUGUCUUUCAAAUUAAGAUGGUAUUACUUGUGGACUGUGGGUGUAACUCUGUUGAUCUCCACAGAUGUUCAUAAGGAGGAUGUAUUCCCUCAAAUUCUAUAAAAGGAACAUUUAAGGGGUAUAAUUAUCACCAAUGGGAUAUAAUAUUCAUAACUGUUAUCAUCAGUGUAUAAACAUGCUUUGAGUUUAGCAAAACAGGAAGAAUAAUCCACUCAGUUGAAAUCUGCAGAGACGAUGUGGCUUUAAGAGAGAUUGCAUAAAAUAUAUUCUUUUAACAUUUGUCCUUUUUUGAUUUCUAUAUUGUCUGUACUAGAUUUGUUUCUUCAUGUUUUCAAUAAAAUUCUUGAAAUGGCA